UCUCUCGGAUUUAUAUAUGUCCCAUAUUUCCCAUUCAACCUUUCACGGCCAACGCUGCUCUUGUAUGCCCGACCAGAAGGCCAGUUUAGGAAUGCAGGAAAUAAGCUGUGUGGGACCAUAGCUGCUAUGACGGUUGCCUGGUGCUCUGGUGAGCAGCCAGUGGUCCUGAGCAUCAUAACUAUGGCUGACCAUCAGGAUGAAUAGGCGUGGGGGCAAUAGAGCCAAGCGGACUGCAGAAUCCAAAGCUUCAAGCAGCUCUGGCCGUGGGUCAAAACCCAGCUCUCGUAAGGAGGGUGAACCUGCCAACCCACCUCCCUUGCCAAACACAUCAUCAGGGAGUAACAUAUCCCAUGGAAAGAAGGGAGAUGAUGGCAGUGGGUCAGUAAGAGUUCGGAAAGAUGCCUUGUCCAGUGGAGGCAAUGACACGGUUACCCGAACUGAGGGUGGCUCUCCUUCUGCGGCUCCUGGGGAUGACGCUGUGGUGAGUAACCAGGGCAGCAUCACCGACUCUGCCAUGCCUGCCGCCACAGUAAACCGUGGCCAGCGGGUCGGUGUUGCACAAUCUAGCCGGGAUGCCACAGUUACGGCUUCCUCCGCUGGGACGACUUCAGCCUCAGCUGCUGCAAAGGAGGAGAAGCAGCCAGUCCACGAUGUAUGCAAACUGCCCAAGAAGCGGAAGUUUCAUCCAUCAGACCUGGAGGAUAUGCAUGAGGGCCCAAGGCCAGUUUUGGGCCCCAGAAGCAAUCCAGCUUCAACUGUAUCAACAGUAGCUGAUGUGAGGGGUGUCUUGUCUACAGUUGUGGAAAGUCCAUCAGUCAGUGUAACUUUGCAAAACCCUUUAGUAACAGUGCCAACAGUAGUUGCAAGUAUAUUGGAGAACAAGCCACAAGAUCUCCGAGUCAACACAACUGGCACUGAUCUGGGUGGAAAUGGUUAUGUUAGUGGUAGUGGAGAUAGCAGUGGGCAUGAGAAACAAAAAUGUGAAGAGAACCUGAGCGAUAGUCAACCUUUAAACAUGACUAGUAGUUCAACUAAUACCGUUACUGUACACACCAUGCCAGUUCAUAAUGUAGUAACUCCACAAAUGAUGACUGUACAUCGACAGCAACCACUCCCCCAAGUUACCAGUCAGUUGAAACUUGCACCUGCCACACAAGCCCCUCCUCAAACAAACACUGCCACUGUGUCAACGCAUAUACUGAAUCCACACCAGACUACACUAGUUACAAUUCCACAGUAUCCACAAGGUUCUCAUGCCUCUCCACAACAGUUGCAACUUCAUCAACAACAGCAGAGACAAAAGUUGCAGCAGCAACAGGCACAGCAUCAUCUUCACCAUCAGCAACAUCCUCAUCAUCAGCAAAUUCAGCAUCAGCAGUCACAUCAUCAACAGCACCAGCAUCCAGUUCAUCAACAACAUCAGCACCAACAACCACCAGCACCAGCACCUCAACAACCACCUCAUCAUCAGCAUCAGCAACAACAACAACAACAACAGCAGCAGCAGCAGCAGCAGCAGCAGCAACAUCAGCAACAGCAGCAUCAACAGCAUCAGCAGCAUCAGCAGCAUCACAGCAACACAUCAGCAGCAUCAGGGUCUGCUGGUCUGAGCUCUGGGUCUGAAGAGUUAAGGAGAAGACAUGAUGAAUAUGACAGUGAUGAUGACCUUGGAAGAGAGGAUAUUACAUUUCCUUCAGAAACAGGUCACUAUAGUGGUAACCACAGGUCGCUGUCCCUGACUCCAGGUGCUUUGGGUAGUAAAUACAUGGGGGAUCCCAAAAGGGCCUCUAUGCACAGCCGUGGGUCUACCUCAAGCCUGAUUGAGCAUGGCAGUAUUGGGACCACCACACCAAGAUCGACUCCAGUGACACCAAGAUCUGGGACUGCAACCCCACUUAAGUACAAGAAAGGAGAGGUUGUUACCACUCCAAAUGGUAUUCGUAAGAAAUUCAAUGGGAAACAGUGGCGGCGGCUCUGUGGGAAGGAUGGAUGCAGCAAGGAGAGUCAGAGACAGGGAUAUUGUUCCAGACAUCUUUCCAUGUAUGGCAAAAGGCUUCGAAGUUCAUCCAUUACCUUCAGUGCUGGGAAAGACACUCCGAGUGUUGAAGGGAACUGGGAAGAGAUGUCAUGUGAUUCGGAUACAUCUCCAAACUUUAAUCUCACUGCCCCAAGAUCCCAGGAUGAAACAGAGGCUGCAAACAUGCUGAUGACGCUUAGCAACUCCUCGAGAUCUACAACCCCUGCGGGCGGUUUCUCUCCAACAUCCAUAUCACCAAGAGCUAUCCAGAGUCCUGUAACUGUGGGUCCCAGAGGAAAUGUUUUUAUGCCCAUCUCUCAACCUGGCGCCCCAAUUACAUCUCCUACUGGUCGCCAGUGGGCUUCACACGACCAUGUCAGUAGACAUCCUACACCAGCUCUCCCUCAAAGACAGCCUAUUAUUCGGCCAGAACUAGUUCGUCCAGUGACAAAACUGCCAUCAACAGUUAGCCAAGCAACGGGUGGCACGAGUGUGAUCCGAGCCUCCCCUAGCCAUGCCAUGCCUGUGGGUCAACCCCAUGGUGUAUCAUCAGCCCUUAGUAUUCAGGGUCCUCAGGCGACUUUGGCAAUGACAGGGCCCUCAGGCAUGAGACUGCAUCAGGCACCUGAUUCUGUCAUACAAGAUGGAAGAGGUGUUCUUACUAUCCACUCUCAUGUGAGCACCUUGAGCAGCCAGGUGAUUACAACCUCUUCCCAAGGCCACCAUGAGAAGAUUAUGGAUUCAGGAGAAGCAGUUGCCUCAGAAGCUGGUCAAUCAUCUGCAGUCAUCCUGGAGAAAGCUCUCACCUCUGCCAGUGAAUCCAAACCAGAUUCUGAACCCCAGCCCCAGGAUCUCUCUAAUAGAUUUCGGCCAAUUGAGAGAUUGGGGUUUAGUAAUGAACAACCCGACAUUGUAGACAUGAAGUCGGGGAAUGAUGGGGAAGGGCACAUGGGAGGUUCUGGGGAGCAGGAAGGACUGUUGUUGCGUGCCAGUAGUGCUGCUGUUAGAGAAGGUAAAAUAAAUAUAUCUGAUCAGACAACUACAAUAGAAACUGUAGGUAUCAAAAAAGAGGACACUCCAAAUCAGAGGACUGUUGUGAAAACAGAAGUGAUGCCACUGACAACCUCAUAUUUAACUGGGCCAAACUCAGGAGCUGUGAUAAUAACUCAGCCAAGAAGCCAUGUGUCGCUUCCUUCCACAGACCAUGUUAUGGUUGAUGCUUCGUCUGGGAAAGAGGAAGAGGGAAGGGAAGUUACUUGGGAUCAACAACAAAACCAACCCAUGUAUCACUGGAGUCAGCUUGUUCCUCUCAUUACUACACCCAAUAGGAAUGCAAAUAAUCAGCAGCCGCCAAAAAACGAGAUUGAAGUCAAACCAGCAACUAAUGGUGAUGUGAUAACUAAUGGCAAGGGCAUCGCAGAGAGCAUGAAUGAUGGAGUUGCUGGGAAUAACAGAACGAGAGAAGAUGGACAAGAGCGGAGAGAGUCAUGCAGUCAGGAAACGGACUUCGACAUGACGGCGGAUGAUGAUGAUGUUUUCCUGACUGAUCUAGAUAACACUGCCAGUACGAAUAACAAGAGAAGAACUCAGUCCUUGGGAUCAUUUUCUGGGAAGGAGGAGCCAAAGAGUCCAAGAAAGGGAAAAGGUGAGAGGGAGCACAUACGAAGACCAAUGAAUGCAUUCAUGAUCUUCAGCAAGCGACAUAGGCCAUUAGUACAUCAGCGUUACCCUAACCAAGAUAACAGAACUGUUUCUAAAAUCCUUGGAGAAUGGUGGUAUGCCCUAGGCCCUGAAGAAAAGCAGAAGUAUCACAGCCUUGCCUCUGAGAUUAAAGAGCAUCACUACCGAGCCCAUCCCGACUGGAAGUGGUGCAGCAAAGAUCGACGCAAGUCAUCCACCAGUUCGAACAAGGGGGAUGGUCCCCCAUAUACCCCAGGAGGACCAAUACCGGAAGGAAUGCCUCUUACUCCAGGGGGCCCUAACAGCAGUGGCCCACCCUUGACUCCAAGUGUCAACUCUACACCUCUCACCCCUGGUCCCCAGGACCCACCCACCUCCACAGCAAGGAAAAUCCCAAGCUCCAUAUCAGGAAACCAGCUGACCAUAUCACAACCAACCACUAUGACUAACAAUGUGCAGAUUUCAGUGCCUGGACAUGGUACAAAUGCCAGUGGGCCAAGAAGAGAUACCAUUGGCUCAGAGGUGUCAGAUGAUGACUCCAAGAUGGUUAUAUGUGAGGAAGGAGCAGCUGAGGGGAAUGGAGAUAAAACAAGUGUUAAAACAGAUGUGAAUAGUGAGAUAGAUUUAGCGUGUAAAGAGCGUGUAGGUGAUUCAGAUUCUGAAACUCAGAGUGACACAGAAGUUAGUGAGCGGUUACGAAGACCUUAUUCUCCUCCAGGUAGUGGAGAUGUAAAGUACAAGCCCAAGCCAAUUAAAGGAAGACCAUCUCUUUCUACAGAGGAAGUAGUUACACUUUAUGGCCCAACAGGUUCAGCUCAGUUAGGGGCUGAUCAGCUUAAUGCUGCUGGUAAACCAUCGCCUAUUCACUUGCCUUCUACCCCAACAUUCCACAUGCCUUCUACAUCUUCAUUGCAGUCAACAGGCAGUGCCUUCAGGUCAAUGCCACCUUCCCCAAAGGUGAGGAGUGUUGGAGAGAACAAUAUUCUACAGCAAGAGAAUGAAAAAGGCUCAGGGUCCUCAGCCAACCUUGGUGCCAAUAUCAAGAUCAUUAGCAAUGUGUCUUCACCAGCUGGGCAACGGACUGUUAUGAAGACCAAUCAAAUCAAGUCUAUUCAUAACCUCACUGUCACCACCCAGGAGAGGAAACCUGUGUUAGUUGACACACCAAUUAGUCUGCGCACAAGCAAGAGUGACAGCAAUAAGACUAACUUAGGAGGUGUUGCUGGCACAGGUGUUACACUCCCAGCUGGAACACAGGUUAUCCCAAGCAGUGGACAGCAGGUAUAUCACUCUGGGAUCAUCACCACUACUGCUUGUUCAACCACUACAUCUGGAGGAACCAUUCCUAAAACUGCCAUUUUAAUGUCACCAGGCCAUUAUGCCUUACUGAAUACUGGUGUUAAAGGUGGUACUUUAGUGGCCCCUGGUGGAAACUCUCCUAUGCACGUCACCAAUGUGGUAGUGAAAACAACCCCAGCAACCCCAGUUGGUAGCCAACCAAGUGUAACCAAAGCAGUCUCAACGGGGUCCGGUCAACCAACACAUGUGCAAUACCUUGUUCCGUCUUUCACUCAAGAUGGCAAGCUGAUACUGGGAAGUAACUUAAUUGUGUCAGCAGACCCUGCUAAACAGUUGACUGUUACCCCAGUCUCUUCCGCAGCAGGAAUGAGGAUGGUUCCGUCCACAGGAGUGACGACCACAGAUCCAGGGGGUGUCAUCAAAACCAUAACAAUGGCUGGAGUACCGAAAACUACAGUUGCUUCACAAGCUCAGGGAAUGGUGUUGAUCUCAGGGUCACGACAAGGAAUUGGAACUGUUGGACCUCAGCUUGGAGUUAGUCAAGCAGUUUCCCUUACACAAGCAUCUUAUCAGACACUCCCUGCAGGUCGAGGGUCAGGAGGAGCUGCAGCAGUUGUGACAAACUCUCCAGCUGCAGGGUCCAUAGCUGCCAUAUCUUUUCCUGUGCAGCAGUCAUCACCUCCACAACAAUUACAACACUCACAACAGCAACAACAGCAAAUACAACAGCAGCAGCAGCAGCAGCAGCAACAACCACCUCCACAACAGCAGCAACCACAGCAACAGCAGAAGAUAAAAGCCCAGGUAGCAAACAUACCUCUUGCAACCACAGGGUCUGGCAUAGCAGGAGCUGGAACUGAGGAAGAGAAUUUAGAUGAUAAACCAAAAUUUAUUCUUGCACCAACCCCUGCCCAGCUAGGCAAAGCUCCAAGGCAAAAGAGACAGUCCUCAACAGGACAAAAUUCUGCAAUAGCAGAUACCUCAUCUCAACUGUCUCCAGAUAUAAAGAUGGCACCCCCACAGCCACCCAGCGGAGAGACAAAGGUGUCUCCAGGAGGAGGCAACAGUAGUGAAAGUGAUUUAGCUGGAGUUCAGCACAUGGCAUCGGUUCCCCCAUCUCCCAGUGGGAAGAAAAGUUUCUUCAAGAAAAAUAUAGAGGAUGGCAUGGACAAGGUCUUAGAACAAGUAAACUUUGAACAGAAGUUUGUGGCACUCCCGGAGUUUAACCCUGACGAGGUCCAGUCUCCAAAUGUUAACACUAACACCGUCCCUUCUGUUCCAUCAUCCCCUCGCACUUUUAUCAGUUCAUAUAGAAAGAAGAGAAAGCUUUCCACUGGAGGUGAGGAAUCCGAGGCCGAAACCCCCAUGAGCGUCACCCCCCACCUAACUCCAUCACUCACUCCCUCAUCCACACUACAGGGAUCCAAGUUCUUCCCUCCUGAUUUCAACCCUGAAACUUUCAAAGAGCCCAGACCUGAAACAGCUGAUAUAGACUCUCCGGCGGGUGGACGUUCACCUAGAACCCCCAAAACUCCACGUGAUGCAGAUAAAAGUCACUCUUCCCUAAGACAUAUUCUUGACCAGCGUCGCGCUCUUGUCAUGCAACUGUUUUCAGAAUAUGGCUGGUUUCCAUCCAACCAGGCAGUAUCAGCAUUCCAAGCUCGUAAUUCUGAUAUUUUCCCCACCAAGAGCUGCCUUAUCUUAAAGAUUCGUGAAGUACGACAAAAAGUUCAUCAGAACACUCCAAAUACCCCAGGUGUACCAAGUAGUCCCAACCCAGCUGCUGCUGCUGUAUCACAUGGAGCACCAGUGCAUCCCCAACUUUCUCACAAUAAUCAUAACAGUGCAAGAGGAUCCCUACCUGCAGCAGUGCCAACGUCAAGCCAAGCCUCCGCCACGCUCCCCGUGACCACGUAAUGAUAAAUUAUUGCUAGAUUGUUAAGUCAUUGUUAAUUUUCAUUUUGUUUUACCGGUGUCAAACAUCAUAAUAAAAGAAAUAUAUUAUUGGUAUCUCUAGUGCUUGAUAUUAUCAACAAGUCUGUGAUUUUUUUCCAUCAAUAUUCAAGAAGCUAUAGUUGUGAUCAGUGGUUUUGAUGAAUCCUCCACUGUAGAUCCUGCCUGCCACCCAUGCUGCCCGUGCAUCGUUGCUCAAUUGUUGCCUCUGUGAACUUGUGGCAGGAUCAGUGACUUCGGACUUUCAGUAUGACAGUAAAUAAGGUAUAUUUGUCUAUGUGGAAACUGUUGAACUCAGAGGUACUUCUGAGGAUCAACUCACUGGUGAUGUCACAGAUAUCAUUUAGAUGUUGCUCAUAUUUGAACUGAUGAUGCUUCAAUGUUUUUACCUGAGAAGACAUCUAAUGGAGACCUUUAAUCAGCAUAAAUGAAAAGGUAAAAAAGUUUUAAAACAAGUUUUGUAAUUUUCAAAUAGCUCUGCCUAAGAAGUGAUAUAGUUUGUUAUUACAAAGUUCUAGUACAUUAUCUGAUUGCUUGGAAUUUUUACAACUGUCUUGUAUUUUGUAUUGUAAGACAUAUUACUUGCGUGUAUGUGAGUGUUGUGUUUGUGUAUCUUUCUUUCUGUGCAACACAGAACAAUGGCUGAGUAGUUCUAAGGGCACACAGAGCUGAUGUGACGUGGCAUGAACCAGACGUAGAACCAAGGUGGUUUAGGAGGGAAGAGAAGUGAAUUUCAAGUUUUGGAAUGGAAUUCAGUAGGGUUGAUUUUUGUCAAUUGUUUCAGCUCCUCAAGCAUUAAAAGUUGUAUAAUCUCUCAUUGUAAUGAAUUCCACAUUUUUGUACAAUUUUGAUGGAAUCUGAUCGAAGCAGUUACAACAAACAUUAGGAGAAAUUAUUAGGGAUUUUAUGUAGGACUUUGUCAGAAGUUGCCCUGAAGUUUUCAAAUAUUAUUUCUUAGUAUUUUUGAUAUUAUCCUCUUGAUUCAUGUUUAAUUCUACUGUGUAAGGGACAAGCUCAAAGGAAAUAUUACCUGGUGUACACCUCUAAGUACAAGUGAAGCAGCAAUAUGUAUACUGAAUUUGUUGAGACUUUGGUGUUGGGAGGCUUUAUUGUAGCUACAAUUGGGCAGUUGAAUCUGAAAUAGAAGAUUGUGGCAUAAUCUAAUGUUAUAAACUUCUGUGAAACACAAACAUGAUGGGACCAGCUGUCAUGAGCUUCAGUAUAUCAUAAAGAGGUGCAUUAUCUCUUUACAUUACUGAGAUACAGACUCGCAUUCAUAUAUAACCUGUAAAGAAGGGGAGGGACACCAUCUUCCUGUAGCCCGUCUUUUACAGAAGGUGAAUGAACAAUGUGAAUAGUGUACAGUUGAAUCUCAUUGUAGUUAGUGAGCAUGAUCCUGUACCCUGUAUGAUGGGAUAAUUUAACUAUUUCCAUAAUGUGGUUGUUUAACAAACUUUCAGAGACUUGGUGUUUCAAGUAUUUAAUGUCCAAAUUCUCAGAGGUUGUUGUUAAGGUAGCAAGAAAGCAUCAUCUUAUCAACCUUAUGACUGGUGACAAUAAGGAUGAAUGUAAAGUGUUUGUACAGUGAUAAUAUUGCUCUAUGAUGCAGGUUAGAUGUUUUUGUUAUUUUUUAUAUUUUAUUAAUCAAGUUUGUAGAGUUACUGCAUUAGAAUACUGUACAAUUAAGAACAAUGCUCCCAGUUCACCAAUAUUACUUUAUUACAAGUAGUUAUAAGAAUUUGGAUAUGGAAUUUGCCAGAGCUCUGAAGCUGCACAUAUGGGUUACAAAUAUACCUUCAUAAUGUAAGAAACUUUUCUGUCUGAUUUCUUAGCUGUGAUAUUUUCCCUAUUUUCAUGUGAGCUUUAUCACACCUCUUGCUGGUGCCAGAUGAAGAUGACCCAUGAAGGAAGAGAUGGUGUGAGUUACUCAUCUAACCUGUCUAUACAUAGUCCAGAGUGGAGGGAUGUGGAUCACGAUUUUCUGUUGUACCAUUGAGAAGUAGGGCCCCCUCAGAGAGGAUCGUUUUCUUUGUUAUAUGUACUACAAGAGGUAUUAAUAGGAAAGAUGUCUAUAUCUUGUCAUUGGAAGACUGUAGGGCCACUAAAAGGAAGUGUUUAUUUAUCUCUCAACUGUAAUUCAUCUUUGGGAUCUCAUAAUUCAUGCACAUGUAUUAUAUUGUAAAAAGGUAGAGGAUGCCAUGGGCGGUAGUUGUUGGCAGCUUCCUUUGUUUCUGCAUUGAAUCAUGAGGAAUGAAUAUUCAUGGGAUCAUGUCCUGAAGCAAGUGAGACCACAUUUUUUUCCACCUCCAUUCUUUUUUUACCUUUGCAUCCUUCUUCACUCAGUAGGAGCAAAUGUGAAGGCAUGUGCUGUGGCAUUAAUGGCAGAUGUAUUAGUGCAACUUCUGCCAUCAUCUGCUUUGUAUUUGGUCUGCAAGCAAUAUGUGCCUCUCUUGUUGAUUCUGUGCAUUGUUGACUCAUUUAUUUGAGUUGUAGACUCAAGAGCUAGGUACACUCAUCAACAGGCUUUAGUGUUGAUCUUAUUGUUUUCCUCUUUAGUACUUAAAGAAUGAAACAAAUUCGUUAGCUGCCAUUAAGAUAUCUGAUUUUUGUUUACUUUUUUAUUUAUUUAAUUUAUAUUUUUUAUGAGUUUCCUUCUCAUUCUAUAUUCUUCCUUCAUAAAUUGUUAUGUUUGUCUUCCUAGAAUGUCUUCUUUUUCAUAGAUUUUUUUUUUUUUUUUUUUUUCUUCUUUAUGUGGGAUAAAUUGUAAGAAAGUGAGUUGUUUGUUGAUAGAAGCAGUUCCUACUUUUUUGUGGCAAUUCAUAACAGUUUAUUGUUUUUUAUGUCCUUAAAUACCUCAGCAGUAAUUACAAGCUUAGUGUAGCUGUUCAAGAACUAUAUGAAUUAUAUUUCAGUACAGGUAAAACAGGUGUUUUAUACAUAGUUUUCAAAGAAAAGCUUCAUGCCAUA